GUCACUGGAGGUGGGCGGGGUGACAUGGCGCGGCCAGGACUCUGCAGCCAUUAAACCGAUCCUGAUUGCGGUGGCCUCGCUUGUACGCUCGUGACCGGAGGAAGGUGGAGCGCUUCUUUUGGGACCCAAACAAAGGCAUCCACACCGCUGCUGAGCUGAAGUUGAGCCCCACAAUCACUGAAGAAGAUGCCAACGCCCAUACCGGAACCAAAGCCUGGAGACCUGAUUGAGAUUUUCCGCCCUAUAUACAGACACUGGGCUAUCUAUGUCGGUGAUGGAUAUGUGAUCCACCUGGCUCCCCCAAGUGAAAUUGCAGGAGCUGGGGCAGCCAGCAUCAUGUCUGCUUUGACUGACAAGGCCAUCGUGAAGAAAGAACUGCUGUGUGAUGUGGCCGGGAAGGACAAGUACCAGGUCAAUAACAAACAUGACGGUGAAUAUACCCCACUGCCUUUAAGCAAGAUCAUUAAACGUGCCGAGGAGCUGGUGGGACAGGAGGUGCUCUACAAGCUGACCAGUGAGAACUGUGAGCACUUUGUGAACGAACUCCGUUAUGGAGUUUCCCGCAGUGACCAGGUCACAGAUGCCAUCAAAGCGGUAGGCAUCACUGGAGUGAGCUUGGCAGCCAUAGGCCUCAUUGGAAUCAUGUGUUCCAGAAACAAGAAACAGAAGCAAUGAGUUGAAUGACUAUUCAGCCUUACGGGCUCUUCUUUUGCUAGAGGGUUUGAAGUUUGAUUCAUAGAUUUUACUGUUUUAUAAUUAGGCUUAUUUUCACAGCAUACAAUAAAGCACAAGCAGGUGAUUUUACCAAAAGGA